AACCAAUUAACUUUAUCAAUGGAUUUCUCUCUAAUUGCCCUUAUGCCACUAACUAUCUCCUUUCUUUUUUUCUUCUUUCUUCACAAACAAUUUUUCUCAGCUAAAUCCCAUAAUAAAAUGGUACCUGUAGCUGCCGGAGCAUGGCCCAUUAUCGGCCAUAUCCACCUCCUCAAUGGACCUCAAAUGCCUCACAAAAUUAUAGGCCAUAUGGCUGAAAAAUAUGGGCCCAUUUUCCGAUUAAAGCUUGGUGUAAAUCAGCUAGUAAUUGUGAGUGAUUCCAAAAUAGCCAAAGAAUGUUUCACCACAAAUGACAUGGCCUUUGCCAACAGGCCAAAAUCCAUAGUUUCAGAGAUCUUAGGCUACAAUUACGCCUUGUUUGGGCUUAGCCCAUAUGGGCCUUACUGGCGAGAUAUUAGGAAAAUAGCCAUAAUUGAGUUCCUUUCCGCUAAGAAAAUUGAGAAGUUUAGCCACAUCAGAGAAUUUGAAGUAAAAUCAGCUAUUAAGGAGAUUUAUAAUUACUGGGUGAAGAAUAAGAGUAGUAAUAAUUUAAAUGGUGCUGUGAAGAUAGAGAUGAAGGAAUGGUUUGGGAAUUUAAUUAUGAAUACUAUGGUGAAGAUGCUAUUUGGAGUACAAUACACAGGUAAAGAAGAUGAAGAAAGACGUAAGGCUCACAAAGCAAUUAGAAGAUUUUUUGAAUUGUUGGGGGCUUUUGUUGUGGCUGAUUUUUUACCUUAUCUAAGAUGGUUGGAUAUUGGAGGCCAUGAGAAGGCCAUGAAAGAGACUGCUAAAGAAAUGGACUGUCUUGUUGAAGAAUGGUUAGCAGAGCACAAAAGAAAGAGGAAAUUAAGAGGAAAUAAAUCUGGGGAUGAAGAAGAUUUCAUGGAUGUCAUGUUGUCCAUUUGUGAAGACAAAGAUCUACAUGGCUUUGAUGUUGAUACCAUUAUCAAAUCUACUUGUGUGGGUCUGCAAUCGGCAAGUACCGAUACCACGAUCGUAACGCUGACAUGGACGUUAUCUUUACUCAUAAACAACUAUGAAACACUAAAAAAGGCCCAAGAUGAGCUUGACACUCACGUUGGCAAGAACAGAUGGGUCCAAGAAUCGGAUAUCAAGAACUUGGUUUAUCUUCAUGCUAUUGUUAACGAAUCGUUACGUUUAUAUCCAGCCGCACCACUAUUGCUAGUGCACGAGUCCAGAGAGGAUUGCGUUGUUGGUGGCUACGAUAUACCAAAAGGCACUCGCUUAUUAGUGAACAUAUUGAAGCUUCAUUAUGAUCCAAACACAUGGCCAAAUCCGCAAGAGUUUAAGCCAGAGAGGUUCUUGACGACACACAAAGAUGUCGAUGUAAGAGGGAAUCACUUCGAGUUGAUACCAUUUGGUAGCGGAAGAAGAAUGUGCCCCGGAGUUUCUUUGGGCCUUCAAGUUGUGCAAUAUGUGUUGGCUGUGCUGCUGCAAGGGUUUGAAAUUAAGAGACCUUCAGAUGAACCAAUUGAUAUGAGUGAGAGCUUUGGAUUGACAGUUCUCAAAGCUUCUCCACUCGAUGUGCAACUUACUCCACGCUUGGAUUCUAAUCUUUACGAAUGAAAUGUUGAUCUUUUAAUUUCUAGUAAAUAAAGGUCAUAAUUAUGCUAUAAUUUUUCAGCAAUUACAAUGUU